AUCGACACUCCAAUUUCUCCCUGCAAUUGCGCCCAUAUGAGCCCAGGCAUCCAAAUCAACCCUAAAUCCGCCUGAUUUUUAUCAGUACAAAGAACAGAAAUUCUUCAAAUGUGCUCUUCUCUGUCAACUUGUUCGCUGUUUCUUCCAUCCAGCAGUCUAUUUCUACAUCCUCCUCCUAGCUGGAAGCAUUCUUCAGCCCCAUUUCUGAUCAGAAAUAGAAGAAGCCCUAGGUUCUUCAUUUCCGCCUCAACUGCGGAGAAGAAUGUUGGGCUUUCUUGGGAAGGGUCAUCAGAAUCGGACGGUUUCGGUGCUUACAAUGGUUGGGUAGUUGUUGAGGAACCAGUGUUGAAGGAGAUCAGUAAAGGUUUACCUACAUUUGUGAAAAUCAGCACAUGGGCUUCUCUUGCUGCUUUGCUUGGGGCUGCUGCAUAUUUUUCAAUGCAUUUGAAAGGUUUCAAGAUUCAAUUUACUAGCCCUUCCAAUUGCAUGCAAGAUUAUUCAGUGCUGAAUGCACAAGAUAAACAACCAAUUGAAAUUGAUUCUCUUCGUUCUGAUGAGCCGUUCGAAGAUGAUGAGGCUGUUGAUGCUAACCCAGAGAAUGAUUUGGGCACUUUUGGCCAAAAUGUGGCUGCAGAGCCAAACAAUAUGACAACACAAGGUGAGCUACACCGUAUCAUAAUUCCAUUCUCUGCGGAUUCCACUCAAAAGGAUGCUUUGCUUGUGUUAAAAAAACUAGAGAUUAUUGAAGAUGAGGUAAAGGCAGAAGGACUAUGUACAAGGAGAGAGUAUGCAAGAUGGUUAGUAAGAGCAAGUACGCGACUGGAAAGGAAAACUAAGCAUAAAAUAGUGUCAUCUAUUGCGCUUGCUGGCUCUACUGCUGCAGCCUUUGAUGAUGUGCUUAUUGAAGACCCUGAUUUCCUGGCGAUUCAGACUCUUGCUGAAUCUGGAAUUUUGCCGAGCAAGCUGUCACUGGAGAGACCUCCCUCUGGCCUGAAUGAUUCAGGAGGCCAUAAUGGUGUCAAUUUCUUUCCAGACAGAUAUAUAUCUCGUCAAGAUCUGAUCAGUUGGAAGGCCAAAUUAGAAUAUGAUAUUAUGCCAGAAGUUGACGAAGAGAUAUCAAGGAGGAAAAUUGGGUUUCUUGAUGUGAGAGACAUUGCAUCAGAAGUGCUGGUUGACAUUUUUGUGGAUGCUCUGGCUAACGAAAGGAGCAUUGCAAGGAAUGCAUUUGGACAGAGCAAUAGGUUUCAACCAAAGAAACCAUGCACGAAUGCCCAAGCAGCAGUGGCUUUAACCAGCGGGAAAAUGAGGGAAUACACACAAUCUGAACUAAGAAAACUGGAAGAAGAACGCUCUUCGCGACUAGAAACAAUGGAAAAAAUCAAACAAGAACUUGUAGAUAGAGGCGAAAUACAACGUUUUUGGCAGAAUAAGAUGGAAGAAGAGAAAUGUCUCAGCCAAGAGGCCAACACAGCUUAUCUUGCUGCCCUCAAGGAUUUGGAUCGCACAAAGGUUGAUACGGAGAGUGCCCGAGCUGAACUUGUGAAACAGAAGGCUGCUCUUGACUGUCAAAAGCAGUUGCUUUCCAGCAUUGAAAAAGAAGUCGAAGAGAUGUCAGGCACACUUGCAUCUCAGGGGCCCAUCUGUUUGGAAGAAGAACGGCGCGACCUUCAGGCUGUGCUUGGUGAUUUGCAAGAUGAGUACGACCGCAGGCGCGAUUCAAAAUCUGUACUGGAAGCAGAGGUUGAGGCUCUGAGAAUUCUAAGAUCAUGGAUCGAGAGCGAAGCAAUAAAGAGUCAAGUGCGCGUGAAGGUUCUCGAGGAGGCAGGACGUAGGUGGAAAUGGGAGGGAAAUUGAGACAUGAAAAUUCCAUUUGUACCUACAAGGAAAUGAUGCUCUCUAUACUUGUGCUUUUCUUUUCCUUCUUCUUAGGUUCUUGAUAUCAAUUUCUUCAAGUUUUUAUGAAAAAUGCAUCUAAGCUCAUUGUGAUUAUCAAUAUCAAUAUCAAUUUUUACAUUUAAGUUAUUACGUAGUAAAAUGAAAUUUGGUCUAUGGA